CGAACCGUAAGCUCGGUUCACAGUCCAUACGAAACACGUGAAGUCGCCGGUAUUCCGGAUUGAUAACAGAAAUAAUUAUUGUUAAUCCUUAUCGAUGUUUGUAUAUAAAUAUUUUGAAGCUUACAGACAUCGCAUUUCAGUUUAAAGUGGUGCUUAACGUACAUGUUUCACUUGAAAGUUAAAGAAGUGAAUUAAGUGGACAGUUUGAUUUUAUUAAAAAUAUAAUAAGGUGAGUUGAGAAGUUGAGAAAAUGGCUCCGAACGUGACGGACGUGAACGGUGUGCUGUUCGAGAGUGACGCAGCGACCCCUGACCUUGCCCUUGCGAGUGCCCCGGUCCAGCAGGCGGACAACAGCCCGAGGAUCUACGUGUGGCGGAACAUCCUCCUCUUCGCAUACCUUCACAUUGCGGCGUUGUACGGCGGCUAUCUGUUUCUGGUGUCAGCGAAAUGGCAAACGGAUAUUUUUGCUUACCUCCUGUAUGCGGCAUCUGGGCUGGGCAUCACAGCGGGCGCCCACAGGCUCUGGGCCCACAAGUCCUACAAAGCCAAGUGGCCGCUGCGACUCAUCCUCGUCAUCUUCAACACCAUCGCAUUCCAGGACUCGGCGAUAGACUGGGCGCGCGACCACCGCAUGCACCACAAGUACUCGGAGACCGACGCCGACCCCCACAACGCGACCCGCGGCUUUUUCUUCUCCCACAUCGGGUGGCUGCUCGUUCGCAAGCACCCUGAACUCAAGCGCAAGGGCAAGGGGCUGGACCUUAGUGACCUGUAUGCUGAUCCCAUUCUGCGCUUCCAGAAGAAGUACUACCUCAUCCUGAUGCCUAUAGCCUGCUUCGUCCUGCCGACGGUCAUCCCGGUCUACCUCUGGAGCGAGACCUGGACCAACGCCUUCUUCGUGGCCGCGCUCUUCCGCUACGCUUUCAUCCUCAACGUCACCUGGCUCGUCAACUCCGCCGCCCACAAGUGGGGCGACAAACCCUACGACAAAUCCAUCAAACCUUCGGAAAACAUCUCCGUCUCUCUCUUCGCUUUCGGCGAAGGUUUCCACAACUACCACCACACUUUCCCCUGGGACUACAAAACGGCGGAACUCAGCAGCAACCGGCUUAAUUUCACAACGAAAUUCAUUAACUUCUUCGCGAAAAUCGGCUGGGCUUAUGACAUGAAAACGGUGUCUGAUGAGAUCAUCCAGAAGAGAGUCAACCGCACGGGAGACGGGUCCCACCAGCUAUGGGGUUGGGGCGAUAAGGACCACUCUAAAGAAGAGGUCAAUGCGGCUGUCAGAAUAAACCCUAAAGAUGAUUGAAUUAUAAGAUAUAGAGCUUCCUAUUACGGUCUGAUUUAACUUAAGUUUUUUAACUUGCAGACACUCGAGGUCUGUUUUUAAUUCCAUAAGACUUAAAUGUAAUU